AUUAUGUUGUGUGAGCUUAUCUCUCUGUACAGCACUUUGGUCUAAAGGUUUUUAAAGUGCUAUAUAAAUAAAGUUGGAUUGGAUUGGAUUGGAUAAAUGAACGGAAAAGAAAUAGAAAAUAAUCACAGAUGAUGUACCUUGGGGUGCUGGGAAUCCAUUUGUGGGCCAGCUAUAGGGAUGUCCAUCUAUUCCCAACAGCGUGUACUCCUGCUCUAUGCCGAACCAAAUAAUGUGCUCUUUAACCUGCUCCAUCACUUUGUUGCAGUUCAUCCGAUGGUUAGUUUCUAGACAUGACAUAACAGAGGUAAGUGGUACAACUUGUUUGUCCUGAUUUACUGAACAGGAUAAUAAUACAUUGACAACAUGUCAGUAUGUACCUGCAGGUAAGCGGUUGUAUUUGAGCACCUCACAGAGGACCAGCUUGUUGGGGUCUUGGGUGAAAGGAUCCCUGAACAUGCGCACUGGGACGAGGUACAUGUCACUGUUGGAGCCCUCCGCCUGGUAUGUGCUGGAGCCAUCGAAGUUCCACUCAGGAAUAUCUGACAAGACACAUUUAAAUGUUAUCAUCAAAACAUUACUAAAUAUAACUCAGCCUUUAAACCAGAUAUGCUACUACUUUAGCUGUGAUGUCACCAAAACUAAUUCCAUGUACAUUAUUUGUUAGUACUUUUAUGUAAUCUCACCGUACUACAGAGUAGCCUACAAAUAAAAAUAGCCUUUAUAUCUCCUUUACAAGUGAUUGGCAGGAAAACGUUUUAAAUUUAGACGGGAGUCAGGUAAAAACCAAGUAUUAUUAGUUUGGGGGAUUUCCAUGAUCUCAGAUCAGUUGAAAAAAAAAGAAGGAAAGAUGAGGAUGAAGGCAAAUAAAUAAAUAGAAUAUGAAAUCAUUCAACAACAACAAGUCAUUUUUACACUUCAGUUUUCUAUGGUUUGAACAAAAGUGAUAUGCUUAGCGUUAAUUAUUAAGCCCUAAAGGUAUAUUAUGUUACAGUUGGAACUGAGCCAGGCUGUUUCCACCUGCUUCCAGACCUUAUGCUAAGCUAAGCUAAUGAACUUUGGUUUGUGCCUACAUUUUUACCAAAGAGAGGUAUCAAUCUCUUUGUAAAUUAAGUUACUGAAGCCCUUAAUAAUUCAUAUAAGAGCAGAGUCAAUAGUUAUACCCCAUAGAAAAAACAAUUCCACACAUAUUUGACAUUUUUCUUUAUGUGAAAGUGUAAGAGGCUCAGAAUUAAAGGGUGAAAAAGACUCCAAAAACAGGACAUUUACCAUCAAUGGUUUGUGGCUCAACAUCUAGGGUCCGGGUCUUGUUGCGCAGACCCUCCCCGCUGCCAUCAAUCCAGAUGUAGGUAACCUGGACCCUCUCCCCCUGAGGCAGGCUCAUGUACUGCUGGCGCACGGCCUUGUUGAGGCGGGAGCUGAGCGACACCGAUGCCAUGUUCGCCUUUAGUCAGAAACAGACCACAACAUCCAGGGGUGAUGUUCAAUUGCAGAAAGACUCAUGUUGAUGUCACAUGCAAUGUAUUUUAAUUAUUCAUUAUUGCAUGGUUUUAAGUGUGUGUUUUAUACCUUUUUAUUGUGUGAUUUUACUCUGAAAUGUGUUUGCCUUUUUAACUGGUUUUAACUUCCUGCUGCAUGCUUUUAUUUUGAAAUGUUUGGAUUGGCCUUGCCAUGCUGAUUGACAAUGAGUGACCACACCUGGAGCCAAUUUACACGCCUAUAAAGGGAAGGAGAAGAGCAGCAGAGGACAGACGGAAACUGAGAGAGGCUGAAGGGCACAGCAGAGGCAGAGCGCACCAGGAGCAGAGACGGAAACUGGGACUGAAGGAGACAGCAGAGGCAGAGCGCACCGGGAGCAGAGACGGAAACUGGGACUGAAGGAGACGGCAGAAGCAGAACGCACCAGGAACAGAGGCACACGCAACAAAGGGAUUAAAAGACACGGCAGUCCGAGAGGGUCAACGGAGCACCUUCACAGCCCUGGAAAGACUGGUUUUGAGAAAAUACUUUUAACCCUUUUAACAUUUGAAUUAUUUGUAUUGUUUUAACUACGUUUAAUUGUAUUUUAACAUAGUUUUAGACUAUCUUUUUACUGAGAUUAUAUUUUAGACGGCUCUGAUUUUAGUUUUCUUAGUAAAGAUGUUAUGUUCUACUGAAUAAAUUGUGUUUUAAACUUAGUAGUUGUCUCCUUGAUUACCCAGUUUUGCUCUCCACCUGAUUUAAAAGAACCCUUGCCCUCCUUAAAUUAUUACCCCUCCCCCCUCCUUUACAUUAGUUAUGGUGCUUUUCGCGAAAGUUUACUAUUCAUUCAUGAUACUGUUAGAUAACUAUGCUGUACCUGGUUUGUUUGUCGUUUUAUCUCGCUGGCUCCAACCCAAUUGUAUCCUUCCAUAAUCAAGUCAGAGAGGUACAUCUCUACACAGAUAAUCACAGAAGAGGGACAUAUCUGCAGAUGACCCUGGAUGGGAGAGUGUCAGGAAGUGAUGCUCAGACUCCUCACAGUGUGCUAGAGCUGAAAUCAGUGAAAACAGGGGAAAUUGUCAUCAAGGGCCAGUCAUCAUCUCUGUUUCUCUGCAUGGAUAGUCAUUUGAGGGGGCAGGGGCUCUACUCAGAGGACAACUGCACCUUCAGAGAGCUGCUGCUGGCUGAUGGAUACACUCGUUUUAUUUCCUCGCACCAUGGAUUUACAAGACUAACUUGACAGACAUGUUUCUUACAUUUGACGUUAAGACUCUGACUCUUUGUUGUAUUAUUACUCAAUUUGAUUUUUUUAAAGUAAUUUAAAGCUUCCAUAUUACUAGAAGGGGAUUCAUUCACCCCAAGAGGCAUGGUAGAAUAUAUUAUCUUUCUCCCUAUAAUAUAAUAAGUCUAUCCACUUUAAACAAAUGUUAGUUUUAUCAUUAACAUAUCAGCAGUUAUUGCUGGUUAUUACAAAAUAUGUUUAUAAUGGUUCCAUAUCUUACUUAUUAUAAUU